CUGAUUGCCAGAUUGGAAAAAAAUAACAAAAGCAAUCUGCAGCUAUUUCAACUGUUACUUCAGUGUUUGUGACUCAAAGCGUGAUAAAACGCACUGCAGGCCAGGCAGAUAAUUUCUUCCAAGGUCCAGUACUCCAGGCAGUAGCUUCUUCUCUCUUGGCGUCUUCUAAAUCAGUGCUCACAGUUGUUCGUGAGAAGCUCUAAGUCAAUCGAUGCAACUAUGUCCAUGCUGAAAUGGCUAUGAACGGAAAAUGCUUGAGUUUGGCAUACAGAAGCUUGAAGCAUGUUCCAGUGGAGGUUGUCAACGACUAUUUCGAUCGUGUGGAAUCUCUUGACCUCACGCACAAUUGCAUGACAGAGUUGCGAUCUCUGAUGCCGUUCACCAAACUGACGACCCUCGUGCUCGACCAUAAUCAGAUCACAUCGCAUGUGAAGUUCCCCAACUUUCCAUGCUUGCACACACUGUGGCUGAACCACAACAAGAUUACUAACCUGGUGGUGUUCAUUGACCAGGUCAAAAAGAGUCUCCCGAAGCUGCGCUUUCUCAGUAUGAUGAACAACGAAGCAUCUCCGUCGUUCUUCAACGGCGGCUCGUUUGAGCAGUUUGAAGACUAUCGCAUGUACGUGGUCAGCCACUUGCCCCAGCUUGAGAUGCUGGAUGAUAAGCGCGUGACGGACGAUGAGAGGAAGGAGGCCAGGAAACUGUACGGCCAUGCUCGGUCUGCAACACGGACUGCCAGUGCUGUGCGCACCGGCAGGAAGAAGUCGCGCUAACAGCUACAAACCUGUUUAAUAGUGGCAAACAAUAGCUGCGAUCCUCCUUGGACCGCCGUACUGAACAUUCUUGCUGCAGCUUUUGUGCUUGAUCCAGCCCAAAUAUCCGGGCAGGAAGAAGAUGAGCUAACAACUACACACCUGUUUAAUAGUAGCAGGCACUAGCUGUAACCGUCCUUGGACCGCCGCACUGUACAUUCUUGCUACAGCUGUUGUGCUUGAUUCAGCCCGAAUAUCUCCCUAUUUAUUAUUCGUAUGACCGCUGGAAUCACUUCUGAGGAAUGCAUUGGUGAUUACUUGCGGUGGAACGAUCAGUCUUUCUCCUCCUAGGCUCUAUUCUCUUUUCUCUUUUUUUGGCUUUUCACGAACCAUAUUGUCAUUAUAUACUCAAUCUCCCCAUCAUGAUAUCUAUUCCUUGACAACACCAGUGCAGGCACUGGUGUUUGAACAUAAUUAUUCCUUUGACAUCUAUCUGCUGCACUCUGAGCUGGAAGUACAAGUGUCUUACGUUCUGCUGAAUAGCCACUCUUCAUCUUCUCCUGGUGCACUUAAGGCCUUGUUGCUUGACUACUGGCCUUGCUGAUACUCUCAGGUGCACACUGUCA